CUCUACUUCUAACCAGCGACGGACUCGUCGGUCGCAGCUCCAGUAGGAAAGACUGCGUGCUCGUCACAGCAGCAAGGCCAAGAUGAAGAGUGCGACCGCUUUCACCGCGGCACUUCUGAGCUUGCCGGGCGGCACAGCCUUUGUUGUUAGCAGCAGUAGAUCCGACCAUAUCGCCAUCCAGCGGUACCCGACAAAGCAGCCUACGCGCCACGCGUUGCUGUCGCGUGUUGCAUCCCAGCGGGCACCCGGCACUGCUGCGGAAGGAGUAGUGCCGGACUCGCAGACACUUUCGGAGAUUCUCGCCGCCGCCGUCCACGCGGCAAGCGAGGCGGGCGCGCUCAUGAAGGCCAAGGUCGGCGCGGACGUUCUCAAGACCAAGUUCAACCCCAAGGACCUCCUCACGGAGGUGGACGGCCAAUGCCAGCGGGUCAUCGAGAAGGUCGUGUCCAAACAGUUUCCCGACCACGCGUUGCUCGGAGAGGAAAACGUGGAGCCCGGGGCGAAGGCCUCGACGUUGGCGCUCUCCGACGCCCUGGAUGGGGGAGGCGCGGCAGAAUGGCUGUGGGUCGUGGAUCCGAUCGACGGGACGACAAAUUUCGUUCACGGGAUCCCACUCAGCGCUGUGUCGAUUGGAGUAGCUUACCGCGGGAAGGUGGUUGUCGGUUGCAUCUAUGACCCGUUCCGGGACGAGCUGUUCACGGCUACGAGUGGCAACGGCGCUUUCUUGAACGGCAUGAAGAUGAAGGUCGGCGACCAGGAGACCAUCGGGGAGGCGACGGUAGCCUGUGGGGCCCCCCCAGGGGUGCUGGCUCUCGGACCUUGCGUGCGAGGGAUCGCGGCACUCGCUCCUCACGUCAGAACAACCCGAAUGUUGGGAUCUGCCGCCAUCAUGCUUGCCUGGGUGGCGUGCGGACGGUUGACGUGCUACUGGGAGCCUGAUCUGAACUCGUGGGAUAUCGCUGCGGGAGCGCUUCUCAUCCAGGAAGCCGGCGGGGAGAUGACCGACAUCCUCGGCGGCCCCUACUCGCUGUCGACUCGAGCCAUAAUCGGAAGCAACAAGCUGGUGCACGAGGAGAUUCGACACAUCCUGGUGGAGGCCAAGGCUACGCGUCCGGAUUCGACUCCGCAGCUGUGAAUGGCAUGGCCUUCGUACGGCUGGGUUGGGGAGGCUCCGUGCUGUGUCAAUUCCUAGGUUAGCAGAGCGGGAGGUUACUCACAGCCGUGCAUGCUGUAGCCGUUUGAUCAUCAACCUCGCGUCCCUACGAAACCAGGACGGAGCAGGGUUUUCGCCAGGCCAGACUAGCACAUCACCAGGGGGGGGGGGGCGUACUCUCAUGUUCAUCACCAGGGGGGGGGGUGUACUCAUAGUCGUGCAUGCCGUAGUCGUUAAGCCAUUGACCUCGCAUCCCUACAAAGCCGGGACGGAGCACGCCGGGUUCUUACCGGACCAGGCUCUCACCAGGGGGGGGGGAGGGGCAUAGCGGUGAUAUGCAGUCGAAAAAGACGGGGUGUGGGUGCGACACACCAAGUACAAUGCGAACAGGUGGUGCCCAGCGGUAUACCCGUGACUGCCGUUGGCGUCCCCAGCAAAAGGAGAUGAGCAAGAGCGCGCGCCUUCCGCUUAUGGCGGAAGCUUUGAAACGGUUGGCCUAUGCAGGAUGCUCCUCUGUCCGAGGGUGCCGCCCGUCACAUUAGAGGCAGCUGGUGGGGGAGUGGGGGAGGGAGCUUCGGGCAGGCGUGUAGUGCAUGUCAUCAUCGUGUUUCGGGCAGGCUUUACGCUGAGCCCACUACUGUUAUCGUGGCGUGCAUGUGAGAUUCUGAGAUGUGGCGGUUGUUGCAAGUAUAACCUUCGGCACUGAUCGAGCUGGCUCUAGAGAAGCAACGUUACACUAAACACGCAUGUAGUGCUACUUUAUUCGUCGGUGUGUGAGUGGACUGAUAUAAUUUAUUGUGCAUGUUUCGGCUGUGUCUUGUAGAUUAUGUGAUGCUGAUUUUGUUGUUGUUAGACCAGAGCAGGCCACCUGGUGCAGCCAGCAUGGCAGAGGAAAGUGCUGUGGGAUCGAUCGUGUUUUUCGCACCCUCUCGGUGUGUGUGCGCACUUUCAUGUGGGUCGUCGCGUCAGAGAUUUCGUGUUCGUUGGUUCGUUUCGGGCGAUAUCCACGGCGGCGGUGUGUUGUAUUGUAGGUGGCGUCGCUGCCAGUUCCAUGCCCAAUCCAGUCGCUGCUGUUGUGAAAUGCGAUUACGUAGUUUUUUACAGGCCGUGUUGUCACUACUUCGAGAAUUUUCUUGUCCUUCGGUUGCUUCGGCGUCUGUCCCUGAUACUGCGGUGGCAGAACAGAAGGCUCGGAGGUUUGGAUUUCCUUUCCCAGUUCUCCGACGUCCUGGGCUGGGUUGUCAAGCGCUGCGAGGGCGGGUGCCGUGCUGUUCGCUGUGGGCACCGCCCCACGCCUUGUGAACCCCCGACGUCCAAAACAACGUUUGUUUGGCGACGGAAGGUUGAUAAAAAACACCAAUCUUCAUCUCUAUCGGCACCGUAGAUGGAGUAAGUAUA